AUGAUGCUCUCUUUUGCAGCUCUUUGCUUGGCCAUCCCAGCAGCCACCAAUGCCUUCGCUACAUCCGGCGCUACCGCAAGCGGAAGUAGCUUUGCUUUGUUUUCCACCCUCGAGGCGCCGAAGAGAGAAGCUCCAGGAGCUGGUUAUGUUCCAGAAUGGGAAAACCGUCCGGGUCUUAGUGAAGAAGAAUUCAUGAAGAGUGAUAUGUCAAAGCCUGAUUUGAGCGGGAUGUGGGAAUGCCCUUUGACAAAGUGGGAUUCGGACAACAUCGACAUUAAGCAAGCUCAGAAGGAAGCAGCCCAAGCCCCUAACUGCCCAUUGGAAGUUAGAGCUUCCGACAGUGACAACCAAAUGGGAGCUGAAUAUUUUGCUAAGAACAAGGACAAACUUCGUGAAGAUUUGCUGAAACAUGGUGCCAUCUGGUUCCGUGGUUUCGACUUGAUGAAGGGAGUCGCUGGUCACAGAGAAAUGUACGAGGCGCUAGAGCUACAACCUUGCCUGGAUCCGCUUCACUCCUCUGGACUUCGAAAAUUCUCGUCCGAACGUGAUGCUUUGUAUGAGGAGGUCAACAAGCCAUCCCUCCGAGGUCACUACAUUGGUUUGCAUUCUGAGUCGACCACAAAGCGCACAGCUGCGUAUGCUGCAUUUGUUUGCUUUCAAAAGGCAACAGAAGGUGGUGGUCGCUUCUUGGUUGCUGAUGGUGCCGCCAUCCUUGCCGAACUAGACACUAAGUUGUUGGAGAAGCUUUAUGAGCGUAAGAUUCGAAUUUCUGUUAGUAACUUGGACAUUCCCCCCUCUCUUCCAGGAUUUGUCAAGGAAGGCGUCAAGGGACUGGUUGAUGCCGCUGUCGCGCCCAAGUUCGAUAUGGAUCUUGAGAUGAUGUACGAAAUGGAUGGAAAGCCCGGUCGUCUCCAGGCUGUUGAAAUCGCCGAGUCUCCAAUCAACAGACACCCUGUCACUGGUCUUCCAGUUUGGUUCAACAACGCACACAACCAUGCCCGCAAACUUCGUGACCGAAGACCUUGUGGUGUUCCAGAAGUUGGUAUGACUGAGGUCUUCUACGCGGAUACCAUGGACACUCUAAGCUUGGAAGAUUGCCAAGAAAUCAAGCGAGCCAGCGAAAAGCACAUCACUGCGCUUGCAAUGGAGCCAGGUGAUGUUCUCCUCGUAGAUAACUACAGGGCAUUGCACGGUAGAGAUGUUUUCCAAGGAGACCGCUACCAUGCUGUCAGUUGGUUCACAUGGGACGACAACGAAGAAUGGAGAGGUGACGAACGUCGUAUGGUUGAGAAGAACGGAUUGAACAAGGCUAUGAACUCUAUGAUGGACUGGCUUCCCAAGGAUUUCGAAUCCAACCAAAGCUAG